UUCAUGUAGCCUCGCCCCAUUUUCCGUGCAAAUAAAAGGAAGAAGGUGCUCCGCUGCGGUCAGAGGGAAUUGCACGCGGGAAUCUGCUGCCAGCACAUCGCCUGCACCCAUCCUCUCCCACCAGUGACCAUGUCCUGCCGCUCCUACGGCAUCAGCUCCGGCCGCGCCGCUCGGAAUUUCAGCUCAUCCUCCGCCGCUCUGCCCCGGCACCGACGCGGCUUCAGCAGUGCCUCGUGGCACUGGGGCAGCGGCACGGGCCCCCGUGGGCUGGGGGCGUUCAGCACCAGGAGUCUCAAUGGCGCGGCAUCCUCCAAGCCCAGGAUAGCUGUUGGAAGAUGUCCUCCUCCAAGAUGUGGAUAUGGCUCUGGUGCAGCCAGCGUGGGAUUUGGCUACCGAGGGGCUGCCUUUGGCUACAGGGUCAGUGGAGGCUCCAGGCCGCACUCCAUCACACCCAUCACCAUUAACGAGCAACUGCUGCAGCCACUCAAACUGGAAUUUGAUCCCAACAUGCAAACAGUGAAAUAUCAAGAGAAGGAGCAGAUCAAGACCCUCAACAACAAAUUUGCUUCUUUCAUUGACAAGGUUCGAUUACUGGAGCAACAGAAUGAGGUGCUGGAGACCAAGUGGAGCUUUCUGCAGGGUCAAAAACAGUGCAGGAAUAUCAUCAUGCCCAUGCUAGAGGCUUACAUCGGUAACUCAAGGAAGCAGUUGGAAGCACUGGGGUGCAACAGAGCCCUGUUAGAAACAGACCUGAAAGCAGCACAAGAGGCUUUGGAAACCAACAAGAAAAUGUAUGAAGAUGAAUGCAGCCAGCGGAUCUGUGCUGAGAAGGAGUUUAUUGCCCUGAAGAAGGAUGCAGACUGUUUUUUCUUAAACAAAGCAGAGCUGGAGGCCAAGGUGGAAAGCCUGAAAGAAGAGGUUGACUUUCUGAGAAUGCUCUACGAAGAGGAAACCCACCAGCUGCAGACUCAGAUCUCAGAUACUCAGGUGAUUGUACAGAUGGACAACAGCCGAGAUCUCAACGUGGACAGCAUCAUUGCUGAUGUCAAGGCUCAGUACGAGGACACUGCCUGCAGGAGCCGGGCAGAAGCAGAAGCCUGGUACAAAAGCAAGUUUGAGGAGCUGCGAGUCACUGCAGGCAGAAACGCUGAUAGCCUGCGAGAGACGAAAAAAGAAAUAACUGACCUGACACGGAUCAUCCAGAAACUGAACGGAGACGUCAGGAGCGCCAAGGACCAGCGCUGCAAACUGGAAACCGCUGUGGCCAAUGCUGAGCAGUGUGGGGAAACAUCCAUCAAGGACGCAAAGUGCAAACUCUCUGAGCUGGAAAUAGCUCUGCAGCAAACCAAGGCAGACCUGGCCCGGCAGCUCUGCGAGUACCAGGAGCUGAUGAACGUCAAGCUGGCCCUGGACAUCGAGAUCACGACCUACAGAAAGCUGCUGGAGGGCGAGGAGAGCAGGCUUCGUGCAGAAGAAGGCCUCCCCGUCAACAUCUGUAAUUUUGCUUUGCCUUUUGCAGCUGUCCGCCAUUCCCAGGGAGGUCUCGCCUACAGCCCAGACCCCAGUUUUGCCAGCACCCAAGUGUCUGCCAAGAGAAGCUCGUGCAGGAACAGCAGCGUGAGCCGCAGCGCCGGGGGCUGCGGUGAAGCUGUUCGGAGUGGGAGCACAAGGAGCUCCCACGUGAAGCUCGUGUCCAUGACCAAGGCGGCCAGGAGCAACAUGUAAAGAGCUGCAGAUGAAUGGCAGGGCUGGAAACGAAGCGACACGCACGGCAACAGCUGGCCAGCGCCGGAGCACGUGCACCCAGCUCCCCCACUCCGCACACCCAUUUUCUAUGCACGGGGAUACAAAAGGCAAAGAGGGCUUUUCUGUGCUCAUAAUCAUUCCCAUUACGCAGUUCAAACACGAUGCCUUCGGUGUCGUUCCCUGGUCUUUCCACAGGUUCCAGGAUCAAAAUGAAGUGUGAGGCAGUACAGCUUCUACCUAUGAGCAUUUUCAUUAGGGCUUUACUCAGCUUUAUUCACUUGUUUUAGCAGCUCCCACCCUAGAUCAGCCUAGUUCUAUCAGCUGGCCUUUUAGCUUACAGAUACCCCCCUGGCAUCAGCAGAACUCACCCAAAAUUGCCUGGCUUGCAUGUUUCCUACACAUUGUACCAAUCCCAGUGUUUGCCCCAGAGGAUAGAUUUCAGUGGCUGCUGCUGUUUGGAGGCUGUUUG